AUGACUCUCCUGACCAACGGCCAAGCGCUCCCUCCCACCCAAUGGGCCCACGUUUUCAAAACCCGGGGUCAAACCAUCGAGCUCAAACAGAUCCCCGUUGGCACCCCAGGCCCAGAUGAGGUGCUGGUUCAGAUGGAGUAUUCGGGUGUCUGCCACACAGAUCUCCAUGCAUGGAAGGGCGACUUUCCUCCUACCCCGAAACCAGAUCUCGUCGGUGGCCACGAAGGCGUCGGUCUCGUUGCUGCGAUCGGAUCGCAAGUGCAUGGUCUCCGGAUUGGAGAUACGGUCGGAAUACAGUGGAUUAACAGAACCUGCGGAGUAUGCGAGUUCUGCUCGACUGGGAAUCAACCAUUGUGCCCCAAGCUCCAGCUCUCGGGGUAUAUGGUCGAUGGAACCUUUCAGCAGUAUUGUAUCUGCAAGGCUGACAAUGCAGUUCGGAUCCCUCCGGGGAUUUCCCUGGAGGCUGCUGCUCCGGUUCUCUGCGCUGGAAUCACGGUGUACAAGGCGCUCAAAGAAAGUAAUGUCCAGCCAGGACAGAUUAUUGCUAUUGUUGGCGCUGGUGGAGGACUGGGGUCAUUAGCCGUUCAAUACGCCAAAGCCUGCGGACACAAGGUCCUGGCUCUAUCCAGUGGAUCGGCCAAGGGACAUAUGUGUCUGUAUGACCUGGGAGCGGAUUACUUUGUUGACUACAAAUCGCCCAAUGUCGCCGAGGAAGCGAAGCACGUUACGGGUGGUGGACCACACGCUGCCAUGAUCGUUUCGUCGGUCGAGGAACCGUUUCACCGAGCUACACAGUACAUCCGUCCCGGAGGCACGAUCGUCGCAGUCGGUCUCCCGCCCGGGAAGAUAUCAACGGAUCUGUUCUCCAUGGUAACUCAGAAGAUCAGUAUCAAGGGCUCCUAUGUGGGUAACAGACAGGAAACAGAGGAAGCACUUGCCAUUCUGAUUAGGGCUGGCUUUAGUGUUCAGUAUGAUGUGGUUGACUUUGCAGAGCUGCCGAAUAUAUAUGACCUGAUGGAGAAGGGACAAAUGCAAGGUCGGAAGGUGCUAAAAAUAGGCAAAACACUCUCGAAAAGCCCCGAGUACCUGUCCACAUUUUCGAAAGAUCUCCACUUCCGCCCAAGGCAGAACGGAAUAGCAGGAAAUGUUGUGUCACCAGAGCUUGAGCGAGCCAUCGAGCGAGCUGGUGGAGAUUUCCGAUCUGAUACCGUGACUGUGCCGACCGAGCCAGUGAUGCAAGCAAUCAUAAACGCGUCUAGCUUCGAGGAUGACAUCUACGAGGGCGGGGAUCCAGCCGUUAACGCAUUCCAAGACAAAAUCAAAGCGAUGACAGGAAAAGAAGCAGCACUGUUUGUUUUGUCCGGUACCCAAGGUAACCAAAUUUGCUUACGAACGCAUCUCCAUCAACCACCUCAUACGAUCCUGCUGGACUACCGCGCCCACGUCCAGGUUUGGGGGACCGGUGGGCUUCCUCUCUUUUCGCAGGCAACAGUGACAGGCGUGGAACCAAAGAACGGAGUCCAUCUCACGCUGGAUGAUAUCAAAGAUAGAAUCGUGGAGGAAGGGAACUUCCACUUUCCCCCUACCCGGGUCGUCUCCCUCGAAAACACCCUCUCCGGCUCAAUCCUACCCCUGAAGCACGCCCGCGAGAUCUCCAACUACGUCCGCAACGUCCGCGUCCCGCCCGGCCGAACCCGAAUCGCGAUGCAUCUCGACGGCGCACGUCUCCUUGAAGCCACCACAGCCGAGAACGUCAGCGUCAGGGAAUACCUCGACUGCUUUGACAGCGCAAGCAUCUGUAUCUCCAAGGGCUGCGGCGCUCCAAUGGGAAGUGUCAUCGUGGGAAGCAGGGAAUUCAUCGAUCGCGCCAGGUGGUUCCGGAAGAUGUUUGGCGGGGCGACUCGACAGACUGGAAUAAUGGCCGCCGCUGCCUCCGCAUCCCUAGACUACUGUCUCCCUCUCCUCCCCAAAGUGCAUGCUCUGACCCGUCGAGUCGCAGAAUAUCUCCAUCGCAUUGGGUAUGAGUUUCUCUUACCCGUGGAGACGAAUAUGAUUGUGUUGAAUUUGAAGAAGACGGGGAUCGACGGAGAGAGUCUUGUUCGGUACUGUACGAAAUAUGGCCUGCGGACGUUUCCGAGUGGACGGUUGGCGUUUCAUCAUCAGAUUUCCGAGGAUGGGGUUUCAAGGCUGCAGAGGGCUUUGUUAGAGCUGAUUACGGAUGUUAAGAGGGUUUAG